CGUGCGUACGCAAUACGUGGACGUGUACUUCAUAAUCCAAAACAAGUUUGAAAUUGAAGCAGGAAAUUAAAUAUAGAAAAAAAAACGGACCAGCUAAAUUAAUAGAAAUAGAAAAAAAACACGUAUACAACAAUAUCUGUAUAUUCGUUUAUUCUGCAAGUUUUGAAAAAAAAAAAAAAAAAAGACCAGGUCAGAAUUAAAUAAUGAGGUUUGAAAAAUAACAGGGUUGAACUAAUGACAAAUGAAUGUUUAAAGGGAUUUAAAUCAAUGUACAAUUUCUAGAACUUUCCACUGGGCUGUUUUUAACUCUUCGGGUUUAUUUCCCACUGUAAAGGGAUAUUCAAAUUAAUAACAACAAAAGUGGGAUAUAAAAAUAUGCGCCGGUAAAUCUUACAAACGCAGGCAAAUCUAUUAUAUUGCGGUAUAAUAUUAGGUUUCAUAAUAAAACAAAUAUACCGAAAACGCAGGUUUCAUUUAUUGGGAUUACUAGCGACUGUAUUCUGAGCAUAUCAAUAUAAAACAAGAGAGAUGAUACAUAACUUUAUAUCGCUAUCGUAAAUAGUGAUAACAAACUUAACCCGAAAAUCUGUUUUGAAAACAAUAAUAACGAGCUGCGUUGAGAAAGAAAAGUUUAAGAAAACAUCGCUGCUGGUGUGACAUUUUGAAUAAGAUAUAUUUAUAAAUAUUUCUGGUUAAAGUCUGAUGGUUGGACCAGGCCGUUGACCCCGGUUUCUCCUUCUCAGAGUCUCGGGAUCGGUGUUGGUAAAGGGCGGUGGGAUAUUCCUAUGAUGGCCCCUCGGCUGCAGCUCGAAAGGGCAGCCUGGCGCUGGAUUGAGUCGGUGAGACCCGAGGAUGUCAAAACUGAGCACAUUGAGACCGCAUACCGUAUCAGACUGCAAGCAUGCAAGAGGGGAACAUGCAGAAACUGCAAGGGAAACCCUAAUUGCCUGGUUGGUAUUGGAGAACAUACCUGGUUAGGAGAAAUUGAUGAAAAUACCUUCCAUAACAUUGAUGAUCCAAACUCAGAAAGAAGAGACAAGAACACAUUUGUUGGGCUGACAAAUCUUGGUGCUACUUGUUAUGUGAACACAUUUUUACAGGUGUGGUUUCAUAACCUGGAAUUGCGUCAGACACUUUACCUUUGUCAGAACUCCAGGGCUGAAGAGCAUGAUGCUGAAGAUGAUACAGAUUAUGAACCACAGACAAUAUGUGAACAUCUGCAGUACCUGUUUGCAUUGUUGCAGAACAGCAAUAGAAGAUACAUUGAUCCGUCGGGACUUGUGAAGGCACUGGGAUUAGAUACAGGUCAACAGCAGGAUGCCCAGGAGUUCUCAAAACUCUUCCUGUCUCUUUUGGAGGACACACUAUUGAAGCAGAAGAACCCAAGUGUGCAAAAUAUUAUACAGCAGCAGUUCGGUGGACAGUGUGCUUAUGUGACUGUGUGUAACCAGUGUGGCAGAGAAUCGCAGCUCUUAUCUCGGUUCUAUGAACUGGAACUUAAUAUCCAGGGUCACAAACAACUCACAGACUGUGUCACUGAAUUUCUUAAGGAAGAGAAAUUGGAAGGGGACAAUCGAUACUUCUGUGAGAGUUGUCAGAGCAAGCAGAAUGCUACCAGGAAGAUCCGGCUCUUUAGUCUUCCACGCAUUCUUAACCUGCAGCUGAUGCGCUUUGUUUUUGAUAGACAAACUGGUCACAAAAAGAAGCUAAACACUUAUAUUAGCUUUCCAGAGAUCGUGGACAUGGGCCCCUACAUGGAACGAAAAGAUGAGAAAUGUGUAUAUGAACUGAGUGCAGUUUUGAUACACAGAGGAGUAAGUGCAUACUCCGGUCACUACAUUGCUCAUGUGCGGGAUGCCAGAACUAAAGACUGGUACAAAUUUAAUGACGAAGAGAUUGAGAAAAUGGAAGGCAAGAAACUACAGCUAGGAAUUGAGGAGGAUAUAGCAGAGCCUUCCAAAUCCCAGACACGCAAACCAAAAUGCAGUAAAGGAUUUCACUGCUCACGGAACUCCUACAUGUUGGUUUAUAAGCAGCAAGUUGAGAAAGAAGUAGAAAAAAGUCAAAGCGAGAUUAAUGUUCAGGUGCCGGACUUUCUGCAGAAGUUAGUUGAGAAAGAUAACAGAAAGUUUGAAGAGUGGUGUGCUGAGAUGGCUGAGAUGCGCAAACAGAGUGUAGACAAAGGCAAAGCGAAACAUGAAGAGGUGAAGGAGAUCUACGAAUUGUUACCCGCUGAAGACGGUCAGCCAUAUGAGUUUGUGCCUUUGGAGUGGCUUCAGAAAUGGCUGGACGAUUCCACAGUUACUAAAUCCAUCGAUAACUCAAAAUUUCUGUGUUCUCAUGGAAAACUGCACCCUGACAAAGUCGAAGAUGUGAAACGGAUAUCUCAAAAAGCAGCUAUGCUUUUCUUUAGCAGAUACAGGGGUAGCCCCAGGUUAGAUGGUUCAUCCCUCUGUCAAAAAUGUGUAAUAGAGCGAUGCAGAGUGCUCAGAUUAAAGAACCAAUUGAAUGAAGAUUAUAAAGUUAUUUCAAACCUGGUGAAAGCUGCGGUUGACAGCAAUGAAGGAUAUUGGAUAGGUAAAGCAUCUCUUCGAAGUUGGCGACAGUUGGCUUUGGAACAGUUGGAUGAGAAGGAAGAGGAAACGAGGCACACCAAUGGCAAAACAAAUGGCGAGGGGUCAGCUGUUCUGGAGGCUCAAGAAGAGGCACUUGGCAAUAGGAAAGAAGAGGAAGAUGCGGAGCAGAAUUUACAUUUCAAUGAAGAUAUUCUCUGUUCUCAUGGUGGGCUUUGCAUAUCUGAAAUGGAGAGGAAACUUGUUUCCACUGAAGUCUGGAACAGACUGAAGGUCUAUUUUCCCAAAGCACCGGAAUUCAUAUCCAGUCAGGAGCCCUGCCAAAAGUGCCAGACAUUGGAAAGAGAAGAUGAGGAAAAUGAAGCGCUGCAUAAGAUGAUGGCAAAUGACCAGAAAACCGCUCUACUGAACCUCUUCCAAGAUAAGAACAGACCCACUCUGCAGAAAUGGCCUCAGGAGUCAGAUGUUCUUUAUAUUGUGUCCCUGUUUUUCGUGGAGGAAUGGAAAAAGUUUAUCAGGAGACCAACUAGAUGUAACCCAGUGUCCUCUGUUGGAAACAGUGCCCUGCUAUGUCCACAUGGUGGCUUUAUGUUUACUUAUGAUUCAAUGAUCAAGGGGGACGCAAAACUAAUAGCUCUGUUAUGGCCUAGCGAGUGGGAUGCCAUAAGCAGAUUUUUUCUUGUGGAUCAGCCAAUUAAAGUUUCCAGAAGAAUGGAAAAAACACAAAAUGACACUGGGAACUAUGAAUACCACACUGAUCCAGAGCUCUGUCUGGAGUGCAGGGAAGGCUUGCUGUUUCAGCAGCAGAGAGACCUGCGUGAAUACACACAGGCCACCAUCUAUAUCCGCAAGGUGGUUGACAAUAAAAUGAUUGUGAAGGAGGCUGCUCCAGAUCUUACCAUGAGUGGCUCAGAUGCUGAAGAUGAAAGAGAGGAGCCAAAGGCUGAAGGAGAAAGUGACCCUGAUUUUAACCAGUCUAAUGAUGGACCUAAAAGACAAAAGCUGUCCAAUCCAAGCACAGCAACAAGCAUCAGCACUAGCACCUUCACUGUUCAUCAGAAACCAGGAACAAGGAGGAGUAUCAGACAUCGGAAAGUCCGGGGUGAAAAGGCACUGAUCGUAUCUGCUAAUCAGACGCUGAAAGAACUGAAGAUACAGAUCAUGCAUGCAUUCUCAGUGGCUCCCUUUGACCAAAACCUGUCUGUAGAUGGACAUUAUUUGACUGAUGAUUCAGCAACACUGGGCAGCCUUGGAGUCAUUCCUGAGUCUGUCAUAUAUUUUAAGGCUGACGAGCCAAUAGCUGAUUACACUGCAAUGGAUGAUGUUUUCCAAGUUUGUAUGCCUGAAGAAGGUUUUAAAGGUACUGGUCUUUUAGGGCACUAAAAUUCCAUUGAAAGAAGAAACAACAUUGCAAAAGACCAAAAACAAGGAACAUGUUGCAAGACCUC